AAUACAAUGAAAGACGGGCUUGAUAAAGUGAGUGGUAGUUUAACUGAUGCUGGUAAUGCAGUAAUUGAUACAGCUGGACUACUUGGGGACGGACUUACAGAUUUAGGACAUAGUUUGACUGAUGGUCUCAACAAUGCUGGUCAUGAAAUCGAACAUAUUGGAAGCAGCAUCGGUCAUGCCAUUGAAGGUAUCUUCGGGAAGAAAAGAGAAAUCGAUGCCAAGACAAGACAUUGUAUGGAAAAAUGCGCUUCUUGCAGACCAUUGCUCUUACCUACCCAAGCUGAAGUGAUCACUGCUGUAUGCGGAGCCGACAUUGUCAAAAUGAAUACCACCAUGACUAGCAAGGUCAGCAAGCUUCAGAAAGUGUAUGACGCCGCUCUAGAUAAGACACAUCCUAUCAUUACAAAGCUUCAAUACGACCCUACUUCAAUGAAUAGCAAGAUGCAAUUAAGCAAUGUACACAUCACCGUGCACUUGAACGGACAUGACAUCUCUUACAAGACAGCUGUACCCUACUCAAUGAUGAAUAUGCCCGAUACUGCCAAAAAACAUGGCAAUGGAAUAUUGGGGAAAAGUCGAUGCCUGAAAUUAAUGAUAUUCUAUGUUGUUAAACUACUUGUUGAAAAUAAAGAGAAUAAAAAAGUUUUGUUGUAUAUCAUGUACUAA